GACAGCGGCAGCGGCACCAUCGGAACGACGACGAGCUACGAUCGUUGAGCGACUACGCGGCUGAAGCGGCCGAAGCGGCAGCAGCCGCGAAAAGACCAAGGGCUGCAGUCCGCGGCGGCGACUGCGUCUGCAUCAUGAUAGCGAACGCAGGCGCGAGCGCGAGUGCAGCAGAGCAACACAAGUCAGGGACAAGCGACCACUUCCGCCUCGCUAGCGGGAGCACCAGCAGCAACGUCAACGACCAACGAGUCGACGUAUGCUAGUUGCCGCGAGCCAGCGACUAUCGGGACUCGCCGAGGAGCAGGCUCCAAGCCGCAGCAUCUGCCAGUCGGAUUUGCUCGCGACGUGACACGCGGCGAUCGCUCUCUCUCUCUCUCUCUCUCUCUCUCUCUGUCGCUCUCUGUCUCUCUCUCUCUCUCUUUCUCUCUCUCUCGCUGCCUCUCUCUCUCUCCCGCUCUCGGUCUCUCGAGCUACCAAUCUGUCGCUCGACUGAGAGAGCCUUCGGGGAGCAGCAAGCAGACUGGGCCAAAGACCCGGAGGACCUCGCUCGCCCUCUUCCUCCUUGUUCGGCGACGACAGCACCCGUGACCAGAGCGCGCAAGCAGCAAUAGCAGCAGCAGCAGCAGCGACAAUCGACAAAAAUCGACAAGUCCAACAUCGACUCUAUAUAGCGAGCAAGAAGAACAGAAGGCGAAGCCGAGGGCGGCCGAGGAGCAAGUCAGCCAAGGCGGUCGCCGUGCGGCGGCGGCGAGGCUCUCAGGCCCGGACCAUGUGCUCGAAUCGCGUGCUCUGGCUGCUGAGCUACAUCGGACUGAGCUUGGCACUGGCCCUUGGGAACCGACAGUCGGCUGCCCUCGAGCCUAGUCGCCAGCAGCACCGUCAGCAGCAGUACCACCACCAACAGCAACAGCAGCAGCAGCAGCAGCAGCAGCAGCAGCAGCAAAUGAGGGAGGCGGUGCACGACUGGCUCAUGUACGAGAAGCGCGCGGGGCCGGUGCUCGGCCACGACCGACUCAUCCUGCUAGACGACGUGCUGACGAGCGUGCUGGGCGACGUCGCGCAUCAGCAGCAGCAAACGAGCAGAGCUCAGUCGCAGCUGGCAGAGGAGCCGGCGAGGCCGUCGAGGCGCAGCAGAGUCCAGCAGCAGGUCGUUGCCAAGCGCAGGGGCCUCUCGGACAAGCCGCUCUCGAGCAAGCGCCGCAUCAGCGCGUCCAGAAGGCAGCAGAUGCCCCAGCAGGAGCCGCAGGAGGCUGCGCAGGCCCUCGCCCAGGCUGGCAGUAGCAUGGCCGCGUCCAGCUUCAUGUUCAACUCGAGGAACGACCGCAGCUACGACGUGCCUCUCAUCGAAUGCCCGAUGUCGGAGGACGGCAUGGAGAGGUUCGCGUGUCCAACAGCGGACCGCAUGGGCAGAUACCACUGCAUCGACGAUCACGUACUUUGCGACGGCUACCUGGAUUGCCCGAUGGGCGAAGACGAAGACAUGCAGGCGUGCAUGUUCUACAGAACCACAAAAGCGCACAUCGACAUACUGGCGGACGCCCUGCUGCGCUGGGCGAGGGGCCGCUAAUCAAUUCCCCGGCAUUCUGCUGCAUGCGGCGGUGGCGGCGGCGACGUCGGCACGCAUCCAGCCCCGACCACCCACUUGUACACGGACAAGCGCCACAUCAGCAACAGCGGCAGCGCCGACGAGCCCGGGAUGUAGCUUUGCGCGUGACCAUACGUGACCAAACGAACGGAACAAGCUCGGCUCGCUCGCUCGCUCUCUCGCUCUCUCGCUCUCUCUCUCUCUCUCUCUCUCUCUCUCUCUUUCUCCCUCUCUCUAUCUCUCUCUCUCUCUCUCCCUCCCUCGCUCCCUCUGCUCUCUUCGAGCCUCUCGAUUCCCGCGCACUGCGUCCGCGACGCGCAGCCCCUCCCUGCUCGUCAGCCCUUGGCCCUUUCCCGUCGGAAUGGCUUUCUCGCGGGUGACGAGCGACGGGCCGCGCCGUUGAUCGAUUGAUAACCACUUUUCUACUCUGCGUACGUGUAAGAGGCGCGACAUCGAGCGAGCGCCGAUGCUCGUCUUGCCGCGGCUGCGCAACGAUGAGCAACAGGCUCGCCGCGAGCUCCUUGGAGCCUCGAGCGCUGGACAAGCACGUUAACGGCGCUCCAGGCGAAACGGUCGAGGACGACGUUACGCGGCGCAUCGAGGCCGAGCGUCCAGUCACUCGCAUCCCAAGUCUGCCUCGUCCGGCUAAUGUACCCACUCGCCUCUCGGGCACCCUCGGCCUACUGCUUCCCAUCUUUCACUCGCUCUCCCCCUCUUCGCUUUCUUACUUUCCGCAAAGCUUUGCAACGCGCGUCAUUAAUCAUUCACACACAAACAGCCCCGCAUACGAACGACGUCUGCAAAUCCCGCCGCUUGUCCCAAUCUUCUUCUCCGUCUCGCUCGGCACCUGCAGCUUGGCCUUCGCGUCCGCCUCUGAUUCGGCUGUUUCGCAGUCGCUCUGUGCCAAUUACUCGAUCGAGCUGCGAUGCGAUCGAUGCGAUCGGAGACACAAAUUUGUCGGAUGGAAAAGGGAAAACAACCCUCCGACUGUUCGCUUGGCCAUCAAAACACUUACUUUGCCACUUAUCGAUUCACCUGCGCUAUUGACGUCGUGCUUCUGUGCUGUGGCCGCGUCGGCGCGUGCAUAGACAAACAGGAAAGGGAGAAAGGAACGAGAAAAACGCGCAAAACGGCACACACAGAGACGAAAAGUCAACGCAGAGCGAAAACAGAAGAAGGCAAGCGCGUGGGCAUACGUGUAAAUAAAUGCGUCCGCGUAGAUUUGGGACGAGACUUUGACGACACUAGCUAUACCAACACGAAAAACACUAAAGGCAAGCGCAUCAGACGACCAUACCUAUACACUUGAAGUCAAACGUUCGAUAUCAAGAUGUUUUCAUUGAACCUAUCAAUAAUCACUAGACGAACAUAUGAAAACGAUGUGAGUAUGCAAACGUAUGCAAACAUUCGUAUAUAUACACAUUCUACAAAUUCGAUAGAGCGAGAAUGACCCUCUCGAGAAUACAAUCGUUAACCUUUAUUUCAACUUCAGCAGCGUCGCCUAACGUACUGUCACGAGUAGUCGCGAGACAAACAAAAACUAGUAGACAGAUCUAAGCCGCGCAGACUCAAGAUACACCGAUCACGUGAAUUUACAGUGCUGGAAACAAAUAACGAAAGAUCUAUCGUAGACUCGAUCGAAGCACCUGGGCGUCUUUAAUAAAAUUUUGACGAAGCCUUUUUCAUAGUAUAUCUCUACAGUGCAUUACUUCAUUAACCGAUUUUGGGGCCUACAUGCAAAAUAAUUUAUAUUUUACAUUUAUCCAUUCGUUUGUUCAUUGCUUCUCUAGAAACAUGCGAAAAUCAAAUAACGAUUGAGUAUACGGUUAAAUACAUAACAAUCGUUGUGUUACUGCAUAGUCGCUUCUGACGCACCAACACUCUAAUGUUAUUGCUUUUGAUUUUUAUACAGUCACACUAGUCCUUUUUUUAAACAGAACUUCAUUUGGUUGGUAAGCAAAUUAUAAAAUGUAUUUUUAGAACAAUAAUUAUUAAAAAGAAAACUAUAUCGAAAGAUUUAACAAAUGUUAGAAAAAUUAUUUUCAAUACUAAAAAGAAAUUGAUUAUCAAAUAAACUACGCGCGCGUCGAUCGUAGCAAAAUAACAAAUAAGUAUAUAUUGAAAUAUUUCUGUAGACAAAUGAAAAAGAAAAAAAAUAGUAAAGAAAUCUUAAAAAUUUUAUUUUUCGUACAAAUAAAAUAUUUCGAUCAUGAUUAUAGUUGUCUAAAGUAAUAAUAUUUCAGACUCAUUCUUAAUGAAAGAAGUAAAGAUUAACGAGUUUGGUCGGCAAAAUAAUUUUCACACGCGCAUUUUCUGUGUAACGAUUGAAGCCAAGCCAACAAAACUUACAUACACGUAAACGUUUCACCGAUACACAUAAAGUAUAUUUUAAUAAAUUAAAUUACAUUAAGCGAUAAUGUGUUGUUUGGUGUUUUCGCAAAAAAUAAAAAAUAAAAAAAGAUUUCCUCAUCUGAAAUCGUGUUACAAAGCGUCAUACGUAUAGGUUGAAAAUAAUUUGAAACGAAGUAAAAUCCACCGCGAGAAAAAUGUCUGCAUUCCCAACAAAUUUCCGCGUCGUAGACACUGCGUCAGAUUAUUUAAUAUACUUUAUUGCCUGUUUGAAUGCAUUUGUGAAACAAUAGAAAGUAAAAAUUGAUUAUAAAAGAAUGACGCUUUCUUUAAUAAAUGGCAAUUCGUUUAUCUUACUUUUAUCGGACCAAUGAUACCGUCAAACUAAAGCAAAUGAAAAUGUUCUUCUAAAUUGAGUUUAAGCUUCGCAGUUUCGACUUAUUUAUCAAGUACGUGGGAAACUGUUUACAAUGACGAAAGAUAAAAAGUGAUACGCGAACAAGUAAUUGAAGCUGUUGAGCUUCGCUCGAAAGUCAAUGAAAUGUCCUGUUCGAUCACUGUAUUAACGCACUUAUGUUUUCUCAAAGCCUGCAUAUUAAAAAUAAAAUGAAGAAAAAAAACAUAAAAAUAAAUAUCUAAUGUGUGCUGAAGCGUUGCGAUGAACAAGACUAGUAAUAAUAAAUUAUACAAGCUAUAGCGAGAAAAAAAAAAGCAUUGGCGGGAAUACGAUGGGAAAGAACGUGGGUGUGAAAUUUGUUACCAAUUUGCAGAGUAACUGGCAGCCAUAGUGAAUAUAAAAAUUCUCGCUAUUGAAUGUAAUAAAAUGAUGGCAAUUAAAGAAAGUAGGCAAUGCCAGAGAAUAUGUAGAUGUUGCGCAAGUAAUACAGUUAUAAGCAGAGGUUUGCGGUUCGGCGAAUGAUGAAUAAUAAGUGUGAGAUGCAAAAAAUAUGACAUAGCUGAAGGCAUUAAACAAUCGUUAAAGUGUUGAAAUGUACGCGAUGGAAGUAUUUCCAAUAUUAAAUUAUAUAAACCAUUGUAAUACACGAACGCACACAUGCACACAUUAAUAAGUAACACAAGCAUAGAUACGAAAUAUGUACGUACUACAUUGAUGCUCAUCGCACCGCAGAGAACACGCUCGAGAAGUGAACAAAUAAUUUUAAACGAGAGACAGGAAAACUGACGGAAAAAUUAUAAGUAUGAUGCAGAAGUUACUUGCGUUAUCGAGAAUAAAUAAAUAUAUAAAAUAGAAGAAAACAUUAACAUUUACAGAGCCACGGAGGAAAUAAAUUUAUUUAUAUCGCGCGCGGAUGACGUGCGCGUAGAUCAGAUAUAUAUGCAUAGAAAAUUAAAGUGCAUAAAAACUGUCGAGAGAGAGAGAGAGAGUAGUCGAAAAGAAAUAGAAUCAAAUUUUCGCGAGAUAACAGUAUAAAAAAAUUAUUAAAUAUAAAAAAACUAUUGAACAAAAAAUAUACAUGCAUAAAAAGUAUUUUUACUAAUGUUAAGUGUACUUCAUGAAAAACUGGAUUGAACGACAUUAAAUUUCGUUUCAUCUUAUCUCGCGACAAGUUCAAAUAUACACAUUAUUUAAAACUGUAUAUCUUUAGCUUUUGUGAUGCGGAGAUCAAGGAAAUUCAUUACGAUUUUGAUAAUAAUUGACAAUUACUAUGACCUAUGGAAUGGUAGAAUCGAGUAAUUGUUCAACAAAUCGAUGGGAUUCCUUUUAUCUCUAAUUUACGACUAUUUUUAUUUUUUAAAAUGAGCAUUUUGAAAAUUUACCGACAUAAGAAUAAAAAAAGUUCGAAUUUCUCCAUUUUCGCCGCCUUGCAGACUAUCAUAUUACCAUUUAUGCACUUAUAAUCGAUUUUUCACAAAAAUCCGAGGGAACGUUUUUAAGAAGAACUGAGUUCCACAUUAAUAUGAAUAAUUUUCGAGCUGUUCUGUAUGCGAAAUAUUGCAAGCGCGCCUAACACGUGCUGAAUAACGUUCAGUUGCAAAUGUUAAUUGUUAUUGAGGAAAAUUUCAAUUUCAAGUUUGGUACAGCUCAUUUGUUUUGAUUAUUCUCGUAGUUCUGAAUUUGCCAGCAAGCUACAUUUUAAAUACCAAACGAUGCGUUGUCUUAGACCGCGAGAAAUAACUUUCCAGUGGGAAAUCUUUUCAUGUUGCAACCAAAGUUCGAUGAUUCUAUAAAUAAACAAUUAUAUUCUUGACCGAUUCGUUAUAACUGUAUGGAAGCAUAUAGAGAGAGAAAAAAAACAGUGGCGAAACCAAGAACAAAGUUAACGAAAAAUUAAUGAAUAUUCUUGAGGAAUGUGUAUUUUGAGACUUAUUGUACAGUUUAAGUACGGAAGGAUAGUAGAUAUGUGUAUAUAUAUAAAUAUACUUAUUACUAUUACAAUGAUUACUAUUAAUUACAUGAAAAUCAUUAUUAUUGUAUUUAUUAUAAUUAUUAUUAAAUGGUUGGAAGCGAAUUUAUGGACUUCUACAUAAAUUUAAGUCAAUUAAGAUACAAACUCGUCAAGUUUCCAUCUACCUCUUACAUCUAGCCGACGUACAUUUGGCCUUGUAAGUGUUCUGUCCAUGAUUUCUUGUUGACUAAACUUUGCAGAACACUGAUGUAUUGUUCUUUUUAUAUUCGUCAUCAAAUUCGAUCGAUAAUAUGACAAAACAAAAAAAAUGAUCUAGUGUUUGCUUUAUUUUAAUUGAAUUGAUUUAAUGAAAAGCGAUUAUACAAAGCUGGAAAGUCUGAUAUCAACUUAUCUCUCUAUUUUCAGAUUUUACAUUCAUUUUCUUCCACACUUUUCGGAUGCACUGAUGAAUAAAUUAUUUGCAAUAAUUACCCUUAAAGUCAAGACUACUUGUAGCCAUGAAAGUUCCAUCAAACUUAUGUUUCUUGUUUUAGCUUAAAAACUUGUCUUUUUCGUUGAAUCUAUUGAAACAUCCUUAUGAAAAAGUGAUGAUAAACUUGAGUUCUAAUAAGUUCUAACGACAGUACUAUCCGGAAAAACACAAUGUAAUUAACAUGUGUGAAUUAUUUCCAGCUCUGACGAUCCAACAAACGAGCGACCUACUUAUAAUUUUUGCGUAUCACGUAAUGUACAAUCGUAUAAUAUUAUGAUAUACGUAAGGUGGGAGUGUAAUUCAAGGUUGUUAGUGAAUAAUUCUGAAAAGCGCAAACGCGAAGCGACGUUAUGUAUAAAAGAUAUAAAACGAAUCGCAGGAGGCUGACAUUUUUAAUUGCUUUGAGGAUUACUUGAGCAAGAAAAGACAACCAAUAACACUAGUUUUUCUUUCUUUCGUUUAUUGUACUUGAUAGACUUUUUUUACCAAAAAUGUUACGUUAUCGAGCGUAUGUAUGUUACUUUUAAUGCGUCUUUUGUUAUUUUGAAAACCAUUAUUGUACUUAUUACAACUGUAUAACGAUAAGCUAAAAUGUUUAUAGUUUUUUUUCAUGUUGUAAUCUUAUAAAGUCUAUAUAACUUAAUUACAAAAUGUGAUAUCUAAGCGAUAUCAUUCUUUGUUAAAUCUUAUAUAAUCGACAAAGAUACUUUCAACGACUGAAACUGUUUUUUCAUCUGUAUUUCUUUGAUCAUAUAGUACAUCGACAAUCGUCAUAAUCGUCAUUACUUAAUAUUAUUACUGUAAUUUUCAUUCAUUAUGAUGGAUUAUUACCGUUAUUGUGAUCUAAUAAUAAUAAAAUAAUAAUAAUAGCUAUUAUUGUUAAAAUACCAUGGAGUAUCCAAAGUCUUGACAACCCAAUACUGUGAAAAAGUUAUGUAUACAAAACUACGAAAGAGAUUAUGAAACACGUAUGAAUUUAGGUAUGAACAGGAAAUAAAUAAUGUCAUGCUAAUUCAUUUGUACUCAAUUCAUUACUUUCAGUUAUAAAAUUUUCGAUGAUUUAAAGUGAAGUUGUAACAACAAGAGCCUAAUAGGAAUUAAGACAGAAGUGUUUCUAAUUGGUCAAUAAUGAAUUCAUCUGCGACAAUCACUGAAGCUACUCUACAUCUUGCGUAAUUUUUAUUUGAAACUAUAGCGUGUCAACAUCUACAGAUAAUUGAAGAUCUCCAUGUAAGCCUAAUAAAUGCAAUUCUCAAAUUGGUU